GAUAGUAAAUAAAAUAAUUUUAAUCACUUAAUAUUUUUCCAUGAAACAGAAAGAUUAAAUGAUCAAAGCAUGUAUACCUUGUGCCAGUAAUCAUGUACAUCUGCUUCUAACCCUGACAGAGAUUUCUUUCCUAGUUUUGGGGAAGUGACUUAUGUGUUUACAAUUUACUUUCCUCAGAUACGUCAGCUACUAGGUUUGCUGCAAUUUUAGUAUUGUCUAUAUGUGUUACAUACUUUUAAAAGAUUGGUAUUUCAUUGUCUGGCAUAGUGAAAAACUUAAGAGGUAAUAGGCAGAAGAGCUGUGGAUGUUUUAAAAUUUUCUCCUUUUGCAGUUUCAUUAAAGCUCUGGCUUAACUCAAUUUUCAUGCACAUGUGCAGAUCCAUUUUUCCAUGAGAAGAUGGUUUUGGUCUGCCAUCUGCUUAUUUGGACAUGCUUACGUGGUUCAGGAUUCUCUGCCAAAGUUCUGAGGGUUCUGGGAGUUUCUUGGAACUCCAGUCAUGUGGCGGUAUUACCUAACAGUGGAAAGCAAAUGCUUCCCCUCUUGAGAAUUCCAGGAAAAAGGGAAAUGAAGGAUUUUUUUUUUAAUGCCAGUGCAGUAGGCUCUCUUUUUUUUCUGAGCAGCAGCAAAGGUGCUUGUGCUCUUUUAAAAAAAGUAUCACAGUGCUUAGUCACAUUUCAUCUAUUCUCAGAGUAUGAAAAACUCAGCUCUCAAGCUCUUAUGAGAAAUUUGUCUUUCAUGUUUGUCCUUUAUUACUAGGUGAGCAGUAACUGCCCUAGAGAAGGUCACAGAAGAGUCUCCAUUCUGAUAUUUUGUUUUGAUUAACAAUGUCCUUAUCCCUGAGCUUCUAGGAUGGAUAUUUUCAGUCAGACAGACUCACCUCUGUCAGACACGUGAAAUGUGGUUCUGCUGCAUGAUUGGCUUGGGGAAGGGAGUAUUGUCCUGCCAUCCACAAAUACCUUUCAGUGGUCUUUCUACUUUAGAAUCUGACCAAGCUUCUGCAGAACACCCAACCUCAUUCACCUGCUGUAGGAGAUUUUCCUUUUCCUCUUCUCAUCACAAGGCUUUGAAAUAAAAGCUAGUGUACCACUUGGAGCCCUGCAGAAUUGCAGCACAGUUUUUCCUACUGAACCUGACCAUUGUCAAUAAUGGCAAGACUCCUAAGUGCCGCACCAUAUACCCUGUGGAUCCUUUUCUUUUCAUAUACAACAAAUGAAGUUAUGACUGCAGGACGUGUACAAGAAUUUGCAUGCUUCACUGACUUUGAGGAAGAGCUGGUUUGUCACUGGAAGGUGCCUGCACAAACCAAUUGCUCCAAAGAAUUCCUGCUCUGCUACAGCAAAGAAACUUCUUCUGUGUCAAACAUUUGUGUUCCUGAGAAUGAAAAAGACAGUUUAAGGUGCAUUUGUACAAUAUAUCCAGAUUAUUUUGUAUCAGGCCUCACAUAUACUCUAGCCCUACAAUUCAAUGGCACUGUUAUGUGGAAUUACAAUGUUACACCAGCCCUUGUUGUUAAGCCAAGGGCCCCCAAAAAUCUUGCCAUUGAGAAAGCUGAAAAUGGUAACUUCAAUCUGAGUUGGGAGGAGAGCCACUCUCAUUCAUCCUUGCUCUCUGGACAACCAGUCAUCUAUGAAGUGAAGUACUGGAGAAAGCAGCACCCAGCAGAGGUUUCUGUAAAAGCAAUUAACUACAGGGCAAAAAGCUUUGAGAUUACUGCAAGCUCCUUGAAGAGAGGCUACGAUUACGUUGCAAGCCUCAGGUGUAACUACGUGGACUUCCCAACCUACUGGAGUGAAUGGAGUGAAGAAGUUGAAUUUCACUAUGAUUACCAGGUGAAAGCUGAAGACAUUUUGCAGAUGGCUGUGCCCACAUCCUGCAUACUGAUCAUGGCAGGAUCUGUAAUUUGUUACUUCUGUUUCACCAAGGUUAAGAAGGAAUGGUGGGAUCAAAUCCCAAAUCCAGCAAAGAGCCAUUUGGUCCUAAAAAAUGUCAAGUUUCCAGUUUCGUGCCACUUUGAUGAAAUUAAGUUCCCAUUCCAUGACUUAAAGCAGAGUCAUAUGGAACAACAAGUAAGUUGCAAGAACUGUCUGGCUCAAAGUUUGUCAAGCCAAAACUUCAAGGGAAAAGAUAACAUCAGAAAUGUUGAGAAAUCUUGCAGUUGCCACAGCAAGUCUGGAGAGUGGUUGCCAAAAGGCAGCAGUGCAAUUUUAACCCCUGAUACAAUACCGGUUGAAGAGUGUGUAGAAAUCUGUGUAUGCUUAACAGACAGUGAAACUGACAGCCAAGAAGAGACUGGCAACCAGAUCACCAUGUUCGAGCCUUGUGAGAGCAGCAUCGGUGCUUUCAGAGAGCCCCCUGAACACAAUGAGUUACUAGCUAAUAUGUUUGAUGCACUCCUGGCAGAUGAAAAUAACAUGCAAGACAAUAAAGGCCCAAACAUCCCCACAGCUGAGAAGAAAACCUUAGAGAAUAUUGGGUCAGAAAAUCCAUCACAGCAAAAUCCAAAAGAAAGUGCAUCCCAGAGUCUACAACCAUGUGAUAUUUCUCAUACAGCUCCCCUUUUCACCAAAGCCUCUAAAGAUGACUACAAUUGUAGUACAGCCAGCAAAGAGUCAGAACUGUCAGAAGAAUCCUUUGAAUCUGGCUAUCAGAGCUCCAGUAUAAAUUCUGCUUCUCUGGAUGCAAGAGAUCUUCAGCAAGUUGUUCAUCAAAGCCUUUUUCUAUGUAGUUCUGAAAGUGAACUUGACUCUUGUGUCCUGAUCCAGGAGUCUCCAAAUAAAUCAUUGUCUGGAACCAAAACAGACAGAAUAAACAGCCCUGCAGACAAGAGUUUUGAUACCUUUGUGUCUGCAUCCAUGGGCUUGUGUGGUUCUGGCUACAAGAGCUGUGACACCCUUUUGUCUCCAUCCCUGGAACCCUGUGGCUCUGCCUACAGGAGCUUUAAUAUGCUUGUGUCUGCAUGCAAGGAACCAAGCAGCUCUGCAUACAAGAGCUUCAAUGCCCUGGUGUCUCAGUCGAUGGCUAACAGUAGCCUGACUCUGCCUUCCUCGCUGCCUUUGAGGCAGUUAUCAGAGACGCCUGAAUGCAGCUGCAGAGAUCAAAGCGCUCAGCCUGCUAACAGUCAGACGUGUUACAACAACUACAGAUCUCCCAGCACUGAGCUUGAUUUUCCAAACACCUGCUCAGAAGAUACUGAUUUUCUGUUGUUCUCCACACAUGCAAAUGGAGGUGCUUCAGCUUUUCUUUCAGAGGAAGAAACACAUAAGCAAGUAAUAUAUCAAAAUGUUCAAAGGAAAGCAAAUACAAUUUCUUGCCCCACUGCACCUCAGACAUCUGGUUAUCAGCCUUUUGGCAGUGCUGGUAAAUGUCACAGUCUAUACUGGGACAGUGACCAUGAGGUUAGCUCUGCAUCACUAUAUGAAUCCUUCAUUAAUCUGUGCAACAACCUGAGUGAAGCACCUCCAGAUACUGCAAUCUAUGAACCUGACCCAAGGAUAAAGGACAGUGCGUGUUUAACUGUUCAGGGUUCUGACUGCACCAUUGUCUCACGUUUAGCAUCUAGUGAGAAUGACACACAGACUAGUGAUGGCAGCCCUUGGAUCAACAGUGCUAAUGAACUGUCUGGUGUUAGCAAUAAUGAAAAUACCAGCAGAGAUGAACAGCUGUUGCAUUUGUUAGAGAUAAAAUGUCAAGAUUUAAACAGCAGAGAAAGAGCUACAAAGGGAACAAAAUGGAAAAGCUUUAACCCUUCUGGUAAAGUAGUGCAAGAGGGUGGUGAUAACAGACUAAAAUACUGACUUCCACUGCCACUCACACAACCACUUGAGGGAACUUGGAGAUGCAGGGGGAAGUGAAGAGGUGCUGAAGCAUGCAGAUGGGGGUGGGGGCUGUGGCUCAGCAGUCAGCUUACCAGCAUGACUGGACAGUAUUGGGCAAAACUUGGACAGAAAAACUGCAGAGGCCCUGGAGCUCCAUGGCUCAGACAAGGUGUCACCUUGUCAUCUUGUAACUCCUAUCCUGAUUCUCACGCCAUUCACACUGAGGACUCCAGACUGGCUCUUGCAGUUAAAAAAAUAAGACCAGUAGAACUGUUAAUGGAAGACAGCAGGAAGAAUGAGAAAAAAAUGAAACUUGUCCAAACCCUUGCCCAAGAGGACAACUGCUCUAUGGAGGUAGCCCAGCCACAUAGUGAAGCCACUAGACUGAACUAGUUUUUGAAAAUAAACUGUAUGGCAAGUUGAAUUGUUGCUUGUUUUUUCAAUUAUGACUGAAGUGAGGGCUGCUAUAGGUCACCCCUAAUUCAUUGAGUUGUAGCACUCCUGCUUGCCUGGGACUGGCAGCUGGGACAUGAUGCAGACCCCUGGGGACAGUUGGGGUUAGGACCCAGCAGCGACAGCCACAGCUCUACAGGGACAAAGCCAGAGCUGGUGUCUCCUCCUGCGAGCAAUCUCUGAAAGGGAGCGGCAGCUGCAGGAAGCAGCAGCUGCAGGAAGCAGGAGUUCUUAGUACAGCUUCUGUGGUUAUUGUCCUGGCUGUGUGUUGCUUGGGAAGCACAUGAAGGUGAUGUGGAACAUGCUGACACACCUGAAAGUGGGAUAUAGGUCCAGAUCCAAAGGGAAGGUGAUUGAUUUAUCACACAGCUUCCAAAAUUUACUUAUGAAGUUCUAUAAUUUACUUAUUUUUGGAUUCCAUAACUUAAGUUCUUUGUGUUUAGCCCUGGCAUGGGGUGCAUGUUUCUGUACCUGCUCAAUCAAAUAAAGGCAAUAAAGAUUACCAUCAUUUGCACUUA